GGCACAGUGGGAAAAACAAGAUGUUGUUUCGUAAAGUUAAUUAUUUACAAAUGUCGUAGUAGUUAGAAGGAACGGCUAUAUCGAGGACUUCAGUGGUUCCAGCGACUUGAGCCAUAUCAUGUUGAAGCAACUUGGACUCACCACAAAGAGAAGAUGUCUUUAUUCUCUUCCAUCAUCAACAACCCAAUAGGAUUAAAACCACAUCAACCACUGAUUAUCCUUCAGUCGUCUUCCGCACAGACAUGUUAUCCCAUCUUGAGGAAUCUGAUCUCAAAUUUCAGACCGACUACCCAGACUCUACUGUUUUGCUUCCUGCAUCCACCAUCGAGCUUGAUAAAUGUCGAUGAGGCUCCAAACAUCAUUGCGUUCGACUUCACUGAGCGAAUUCCCGGCUAUGACGAUCCGUGGUGUGGUCCUCAGGACGAGGUACUGGCUCGCAUCAAUUCUGUACCUCCGGGAUCACUGAAUGUGAUCAUUGACUCUGUGGAUACAUUGACAUCUGACCUCGGAACCACAUCAAAAACUUACAAGUUUAUUCGGACACUCCUCGGGCUAAUUACAACGCGUUCUGAACCUUCGAUCCUCACGUUACACGUCCAGCCCAGCCCUCUUCUCGAACUACUGACUCAAACUUCCCUAUCACCAACACUUAUUCAUCUGACUGCGCACCCCCCAGCCAUCAUUACGCACAUCGCCUCUGCAUAUCUUACACAUCCUCCACCAGUUGGUCCGGCAGAUAAAUUCUGGAGUAUCUUCAUCCCCUUCUCUGAGCGUAUACAUGAAAGUGAGCGCCUGGUCUACGGCCCCGAAGGUAAUGGGACGAGUGCCGGUGCAUGGGUAGGCAAGGGCACAAGGGAAUUUGUCGUGGAGGUCCUUGUAAGGGGUGGAGGUAAGCGCGGUGUAGAGAGGACUGUCGAGGGCUGGAAAGGAGAUGUACCGUGCGACCUGCAAGCUCUUGGCAGCCUUAAAAGCAUUUGGACUAGGAGAAAAACGGAGGAGGCACGACCUGAUCCAACACAGAACAUAUCGUUUAAUCUAAAUCUCACGCCAUCACAGGAGAGAUCGCGAGCCCAAGUCCCUCUACCUUAUGCACAUGAAGGCAACCCUGUUACAACAACUGGGGCGAUUCUGUAUGACCCUGAUUCUGCCGAUGAUAUCGAUGACGAUGAUCCGGAUGAGGACUUGGAUAUAUAGCCUAUCUCUAUACGCGUACACAACACCCGUGACAAUGCAAAAACUGUCGUCAUGGUGCUUCCAUGACGUCGAGAAAAAACGGAGUAGAUGUGAGACAACCGUUGGUCCUAUUCGCAAUCCAAGAUCCAGUCUCCUUUUUUAUUUUCUCUCCUGUAUACACCUGCGAUAUACUAUGUC